AUGGCGAGCGAAGCGAGGCUGACGGAAGAGCACACCCUUACCGGAGUCAGAACCAGCAUCGAACGGUAUCUAAAAUUCUGCCGUAUCUACUCCCCCAAGAAACCCUCCCCUCUAGGCACCCUUAUCUACUCCACCUUCGUCUACCUAAUCCUCCAAACCCUAUUCCUGCUCCUCAAGUUCUGGACAAGAUGGAACUUCAACUCCAGGGUAUCGGCCAUCGAAAGUCUGAACUUCACAUUCAGCGUAGUUUUCCUCUCUUCCGAUCUGUACCUCAUGCCCGAAAAAACGGAAAUCCUGACCCAGAUGAUCGAAGCCGGGUAUUAUCUACACCAAAAAUAUGUCCACCUAGUUGAGAAAAGUUUGUACAUGGAAAAAUGUAGAUUUAUUGAGAAAACUGAGUUGGAAUCCGUCAAAUCUGCAAACUCUGUUAAAUUCGCGUUGGUCGGUCUCUACCUCAGCUACCUGACCACCCCAGUUCUCGGCACGAUAUUCCACCUCCUCAAAAUCAUCCCUCUCGAAAAACUCACCCUCCCCCUAAUCAUCCAAAUCCCCUACCGCUCCGACCCAUUCAUUUUCACACAUACCUACCAGUUCCUUUUUCUCGCUCUUUUCCAAGUGGUUUAUAUCGUGUACACAGCUGUUAUGAUUGUGGCAAUCUUUCAAGUUUCUUUCCUGGCUGUUAACAAUGUGCUGACUGAGAUCCAGCUGUUUGUGAUGUGCUUGAAAGAGAUGAACUUGAAUUUUGGGGAGUAUGUGGAGGAGGAGUGGAGAGAGGAAGAGGGAAUGUAUGUGAGAGAAGAGAGGAGAGAGAAAGACGGACAAUGUGAGAGGAAUGCAGUCUUGAGGUUGAUCAUCAACGAUAUCUCCAAACAUCAUCAGUUCAUAUUCAGGAAAAUUAGAAUCCUGAACACCGGUUUCCGUUAUAGACUGUUCUAUGUGAACACUUUUGUCUGCCUACAGCUUUGCUUUGCUCUGUUCUGCUUUCAGAGUGAAAAAUUGGAACUGGCCCUGUACGACUGUUGCUGGAUCGCCAAGCCGGGAUAUUUCAGCAGUUGUUUAAAAAUUCUGAUGACACGAACCACUAGGACGCCGAAAAUUGUCUCCUUCAAUAUAUUCACACUGAACAGGAAUAAUUUGAAAAUUGUGGUGCAAGCGGCAUAUUCCUACUUCAAUUUUCUGGAACGGUCGAGUAAAAUUAACUAGGAGUCGGAUUUUAAAAAUUGGGAUGAAACUCCAGACAAAUCAUCCAAAAAUUUUAACUGUAAAAAUCAGUUACUGCUACACUGUACAAUCACAGACUCAAGAUGAUAUUUACAGCAGCUCUAUUGUUCAUCUAUUUCAAUGAAGAAAUUCUCCAAUAAAAAUUAUUCAACAGCCAAUCAUUCAAUCAUUCAUCAUUCAAUCAUAGUUUAGUUACUGUCUGAAUGAAGAAAUGAUAACAUGAACGAAAUGAUAUUGGAAUGAUUCAAUUGCCAAUCAUUAUUAUUUAUCAUACUAUCAUUCAAUCAUAGUGCAGUUACUGUCUGAAUAAAGAGAAGAUAACAUGAACGAAAUGAUUCAAGAGCUAAUCAUUUUUUAUCAUCAAAUCAUAGUGUAGUCACUGUCUGAAUGAAUAAAUGAUAACAUAAA